UCCAGGUGGCGUGCGAAAGAGCCGACUGUGGGAUCCGAUGAUGAGAUGCUUCGAAGCCAGUUGGUGCUUGGACUACAGCCUGGCCCUGUACAGAUGGAACUGCAGAGACGAGCACGCAGGGAACCCACACUGGCUUAUGACGAGGCAUGCAAGGAGGCAAAGGCUAUGGAGAAACGCAACAGGCUCAUGCACCAAUGGAUGUGGAGACCCGCCGCACGUAUAACAGUCCGACUCAGCCCCAGCCCAGCCAUGGAUCGAAGUCCUCAACCGACCCGCUGCAAGACUGGGGUAGCCUCAAGGAGGCAAUGCGCACUGAACUGGUGGAGGAGUUACGUGCUCAAGUAAACGACAUGAAGACCUCUCUCUUAGCAGAACUGCGCACUCAACGAACAGUUCCCGGGCCAACACCUCGACAACCUGACCUGGCUAGCAAUAACAGUAGCCAUCCACAAGGGACCCGCCCCCGCCGGAGAGAUAGAACACCUCAAUGGGACGACCAGGGAUGGCCCAUAUGCCUCCGGUGUGGCCAAGCUGGCCACAUACAGCGCAAUUGUGUUUCUCAGGGACCAGUCGACCAUCGCAGAGUGGCGUCCUCUGCAGACGGCAGUAGCCCCGCGGAAGCCCCAAUGAAGACGGCCCUCGUAGGACAGUGCCCUGAGGUCGAGGUCCUGGUCCAAGUCCACUCUCCCCAGGGCAGCCACAGUAGCAUGGGAUCGGGCAUUCGCAGCUUGCCGCCGGCUGCGGGCAGAAGAACGCCGAGGCCCAAGUCUGGGGGUAGCCCGCCUCCGCACGGCCGAGCCAGUGCGGUUGGCUCCACAGACAGAGACUGCGGUGUGGGCUCAUGUCCCUGAGGUGCCGAGAGCCAACCAGGAGAGUGUGCUUCUAGAAGACUGUUACCAUGGGGCGCAGGAAUGGUGUGUGGGGCGCGCAGUGGCCAACCUUCAGGAUGGACGGGUCCUCCUCCGAGUGUGCAACCCCUCGACCUGGCCAGUGGCUACUGGCAGGUUGAAAUCCACCCAUCAGAUAAGGAAAAGACUGCCUUUGCCACACCCGUGGGCUUGUAUCAAUUCAAAAGAAUGCCAUUUGGGCUAUGUA